AUGAUCAACAAUAAGUAUGAGGGAAGGAAAAUACAUUUCUUUGGUUGCUCCUGGAAUUGUUUCUUCAACUAUAGGAUUGGCAAAGCUGCUGCCAAGACGAAGAGUGAUGCCGAGGAGCUAAACAAAAUAGUUCCACGGGAUGGUAGUAUCUUCAGUUUGCUUCCCCCAGUUGGCAGAGAGCUACCUCUGCCACCUAACAUUGUGGGGCAGACUGAGUACAAAGACAAGAUUGUUGGUGACAUCAAACAAGGCUGCACCAUGAGUUUCAUUGGGAUAUGUGGCAUGGGAGGUGCGGGCAAAACAACUCUACUUAAGCAAUUAAACAACGUCUUCAGCGGCGCUGCAGAAGUGCAUGAAUUCGAUCAUGUCAUUUAUGUGGAAGUAGGUCAGCAGCAACAUCUGAGUACAGUUCAGCACAAUAUCGCAGCCCAGCUCGGCCUGGCAUUGGGACAGGAUGAAAGCUGCAUGUCUAGAUCUGCAUCCAUUUACAACUUCUUGAAGGAAAGGAGGUUUCUGUUGUUGAUAGAUGACCUUUGGCAAAUGCUGGACCUAGUCGAUGUUGGCGUACCACAAGGUUCCACACAAGUUGGCCCUCGGAAUAGGCAGAUGGUAGUUAUCACAACACGUUUACAACAUGUCUGUCAUGGAAUGCAAGCGCAUGCUCAUGUGAUUGUGCUACAAAGGCUAAAGUCUGACCAAGCGUGGAGUCUCUUUGAAGUAAAUGUGGGCUCCGAUAAACUAACCAACAGUAAUUCUCAAAUCAAAGGCUAUGCCAAGAGGAUUGUGGAAAAGUGUGGAGGCCUCCCACUAGCUCUCAAGAUAGUUGGGCAGGCUAUGGCAUCAAAAAGAAGUGAACAUGAAUGGGAACAUACCAUGAUGUUGCUUCAACAGUCUCAGUUCCACAAAGUUCCAGAUGCAGGAAGUGACCUAUACCAUGUACUGUAUGUUAGUUAUGACCAACUGCCAGAUGAGAGGACGAAGCAAUGUUUUCUUUUCGUUGUCUUGACUACACAUGAUUGUGUGUAUGUGCCAUAUACAAUAGAUUUUUGGAUGAGCCAUGGAUUAAUAGGUGACGAUGGUGAUGUCAGGAACAACUAUUUGAGAGGACACUCCGUUCUUGGGUGCUUAAAAAGAGCUUGCCUGUUGGAAGAACAUCCUAGAGGGGAAAGUUAUGUGAGGAUGCAUGAUAUCGUCCGAGAUCUAGCUCUUUGGAUUGUAGCAACCCAACAAGGAGAUGGACCAAAUAAGAACUGGCUAGUCCGUCACCGUGGGGAAGAGGUGGAGCCACAGGAGUGGAGCAGUAGUAUCGAAAGAAUUUCCCUUAGGAACAAGAGUGAUGUUGCCAUUCCUGAUGCUCGCAGUUGCGCAGCUUGCCUGUUGUUGACUCUGGUACUGGACAGAAACUUGAGGAUUUGCAAGGUUCCUACAGGCCUUUUUACAAGUACUCCAUCUCUCACUCACUUGAGUCUAAUGGGAACUAGUAUUCAACAACUCCCAUCAGAUAUUGGAGCAUUAGUGAAUUUGCAGUACCUUAAUCUUUCGGAAACGCCACUCCAAUUGAUCCCAGUGGAGCUGCAGUUCUUGAAAAGUUUGAGGUACCUAUAUUUAGGAUAUACAGAUCAACUGAAAACUAUCCCAGAUGGGACCAUAUCUGCACUAUGUCUGCUGAGGGUGCUUGAUAUGUACAAAUGCGGUCCUUUUCCAGAGGAAAAAACACGGGCAUACAUUGAGGAGUUGGAGAGUUUGACAUUCUUACAAUUUCUUGGCUUCACGGUUACUGAUGGUGAGUCCCUUCACAGAAUUUUCAACCUGCCCUUGAGAUUUCUUGAUAUACAAGGAGUUGAAGGCUUGCGACGUCUCCAUAUGUCACCUACACUCGUUAGCAAAACAAGGGCACGACAGCUUGAUACCUUAGCAUUGGAUGGAAUAGAAAGCUUGGAGAGCUUGCUGAUAGGUGAAACGGAUAUGGAUUCAGACUGGUACUUCAAAAUCCUUGAUGAGCUCCGAUUGAAGAACCUCCAAAAUCUGAAAAGUAUCGUAUGGAAAGGGGUGGUGCCUCAUCUUUGCCUUCCCUUACUUCGUACGCUACAGAUAGAAGGCUGCCACAGCAUCAGGACAAUCACAUGGAUCAAGCACUUGCCCUGCCUAGAGGAGGUAUAUGUGGUUGACUGUUAUUCAGUGUUGGAGUUAGUGAGUAAUGAUGAUGAUGAAGGACCCUUGUCAUGUGCUGCGACGGCUCCGUUUCCUCGUCUCAAGGUACUCGGACUAAGUGUUCUCAUGAACCUGCAGAACAUAUGUGAUGACCCACUCGCAUUCCCGUGCUUGCAGCGCUUGGUUGUGUACGAGUGUUGUAUGCUGGAGAAACUGCCAACCAGGUUGCUAAAAGAAGAGAGCGCGCCACUCAUACUCUGCAAAAAUGACUGGUGGCAGAAACUAGGUUGGGAGGAUAAUAGCGUGAAAUCUACUUUAUUUCCAUUCUUCAGGGAACUGCCUGCAUAUUUUCAAGGAAGUAUGGCAGAAACCUAUAGUGCAUUACAUACAUAAGCUGAAGCUAUAUUUGCUUUGACUCCAACAAA